GUUGUAUUGCUUAGCCGAACGAUGAAAAUCUGACUUUCUGAGAAAAACUGUGUCCGUUUCGGAUCUUCCCGUGAAUUCUUGGUUAGUUUAUCAAUUGUGACAAUUUUACUCACCCAGGGUAACGCGGGUUCUGGUUGGGUUCGACCUAUUAAUGACGUAGCCUUUGACGUAGCCACGAGCUUCCGCAUCGAAGCUGAAUUAUAUGCGUGUAUUAUAUUGCUCAGAUGAGAUACAAUGGAAGAAAGUGACGGAGAGAAGGGAAACCAGCCCUCAGUUAAACUAGAAAGCGAUGUUCUCAAUAGCAUCAGACAUACCUUUCAAACGUUAGAUGAAACGAAUUCAGGAAAAGUUGCCAAAUCAAAGUUACAAGUUCUGUGUGCGAGCAUAUGUCGUGACAUUGGUGUGACGUUCGAUACACAACAUCUAACGGACUUCAAGUCUAGUUCAACUACAAUUACUUUCCAAGAUUUUAUACAAUAUCUUCAAGAUCAUCUUCUUGUAAAAGCCCAAGCAGAGACAAUAGAUUACUCCAAAGUCCACCAGCUGUGUUGGACAAUCGUACAACAGAAGUUCUUCAAAUGUUCUGACCAUGAAUAUUUUAGUGAAGAUGCAGCAUUCCAGCAGUUUCUUGUUUUUAAUAUUUUGGAUAUUGAAGAAAUUUCUCAAGUUGAAAAGGAAGAAAUUGCUAUAAUACUGGAGAAGUUUGUACAUGCCAUGGGAAAAGGUUGGGAUCCAAAGCCUCUGCAAGAAUACUGUGAAGAAAAUCACCUAACGUUCUGGCAGUAUUUGGAGUGUUUGGAGAAGUAUAUCUCAGGGAAUGAGAAAUGUGUGGUAGAUGAAGCACUUGAGGAGAUUGUAGAUCAUAUUGUAAAUGGAAUUGUGAAGCAGGGCUAUUUGGUAAAGAAAGGCCACAAAAUGAAGUCCAUGAAAGAGAGAUGGUUUGUGCUCAAACCCACUAACCUAACAUACUUCACAAAUCGAAUGUGCUCAGAGCAAAAGGGGGUAAUUACAAUAAAUAAGUCAAGCUCUGUUGAAAGUGUUGUGGCAAAGGGAAAGUACCGGUUUCAGGUUAAAUGUGGAGAGAGUGGAACACACUAUGAAAUGGAAGCUAAAGAUCAGAAAUCCCGUCAGGAAUGGAUUUCUUGUAUUCAAGCAUCUAUAGAUGCUUCAGAUGGCCCAACGCCACAGAGGAGAGAGCGUCUUCAGCGUCAAAUUGACAGAAAUGAAAGAAAGCAGAAGAGAAUGGAAGACGAUAGAAAAAAGAAAGAACAGGAAGAUCUACUGCUGGCGCAAAAACAGGAACUUACAAGGCUGCAGCAGCUCUAUCAGCAAGCAGAAGCACAGGCAGCGGAAGAAGCAGCCCUUCUACGAGAGGAGAUAGAGAAAAGGAAAGAGCUAGAAAGACUGCAGAAAGAACUACAGCAACUACUCGAAGCUGAACGACGAGCAAAGGAGGAAGAAGAAAAGGCACGUGCAUUGCAGGAACAACUGCUGCAAGCGGAGAAGAAGAGGGUGGAGGAAAUGGAAAGAUUGCGAUUGGAGAAGGAGCAGCUACUUGAAGAUGAAAUGAAGAUGAGAGAAAAUUUGGAGGAGCGACAUAAAGAGCAGGAAAAGUUGCUUGAGGAAGAACGCAAAAGGCUUGAGCAAAUAGAUAAGGAGAGACUUGCAGCUGAGAAAUCCAUGAAAGAGGCUCAGGAUAAACUCGCAGCAGCUGAAGAAGCUUCCAAGAAGGCAGCUGAGGAGGCGAAGAAGAAAGCAAGAGAACUAAAGACUGCUGUUGGUUUAGCUCGAACUGUUGGUCCUCAAAUACCAUCAUGGGUGACGCACAGAGGAAUAGGAGCAUUCUGCGUUGGUGACUUCGCUAAGGUGGGUACUAAUAAAUCAAAUGGCAUUCAACCUGAGGAGGAUAAGACUGAUGGUGAUCAAAAGGUUCAAGAAGGUGGAGAACAAUCAGAAGUUUUACCCGUCGACCUUAAGGGAACCGAUGAAGAGAUGAAAACUGACAUGUUGCAAGGCACUGAAGAUGGUGUAACUGCAAGCACCACUUAGAGCUGGUUAAUUAACAUCGGGUGAACUAUAUGAGAAAAAACUACAUAGAAACAACAAGUAAGGGAUGAAGUGUCGUUCAGGUUCCUGAUGGAGCAGUGUCAACUUAAUGAUGAUGAGAAAAUGACCUUGUAUUGCACCACCUUGGGACUGGAUCGAGAUAUGAAAAAGCCUCCAUUUAAAGCAUGUUUGGCUAAAGUAAUCCAGGAAUUUUGGAAUUUCGGAGUGGGCCGCCUGGAUCCUUAAUCCUCAAUGAGUUUUCUUUGAGUGUAUAGUCUACAAGGUGCUGCUGAAUUGACUAUCUGACGUGGAAAACGAGGGCGAGCACUGAGUGUAUUUAUUUUAGUAUACGCUAUGGUAUUACACUCCAAAACUUAUCAUUUUUCCUUUCAACAGCAAUAUGUGUGCGACUGUGCUCUAUUUAAGCAAUACGAGCUACAGAAAUCACUGACAUCGUUUCUAUUAAGCUAUCGAAACAUGACUGGUAAUUUGAGAAAAUGGGAUAUGGUUUUGGAGCAAGAGUGUCUCUAGAUUUUUUGAGUUCUCCCAAACGUUCAUGGGUGUUUCUACAAAUCAACUGAAACUCGCAACGGAGAAAAUGUUUUCAAUGUCUUUUAGAAAACACUGUUAAAGGGCCCUAGUCAGCCACACCUUUGUUUUUGUUCACAUGCUAGAGUUUGCCUAUUAUAUUUUAUUCGGAGCAUGUCGAAACGAAGGGAAUCACUGCGAAACUACUAAGGAUUAUUAAACAUACUUUCAAGAACACAACUUACGGUAACUGAGCAAGAAGAUUUCGCUUCACCAUGCAAUAUCAAUCAUUUCGAUGGCAUCGAAAAUGGUAGAGGCUGACUAGGGUCCUUAAAGAAAUAGAAAACAUGCACCGUCUUUCUAUCGAGCUUUAGUAUAAUUCUAUUAGUAUACUAAUGCAAAUGCUGCAAUCUGAUUGGCUGAGCUACUCGUAUACUAUCAGCCACUAGGGUGCAGUGGCCACUGUUCUCUAAUUGUUAAACAGAAAUAAGAUUUUAAACCAAUCAGCGCGCGUAUUUUCUUUGGGCUAUU